AUGGACCCGCGGUCUGCUCUGAAGUCAAAAGCAAAGCCGACGGAGCCACCUGCACCUUGGCUGGAUGCGCAGCGGACCUCAGAGCAGCAGCCGGCUCAGAUGCUUCAGACUGCUCUGCAGACGAAAGCACAGCCGACGGAGCCACCUGCACGGCUGGAUGCGCAGCGGACCUCAAAGCAGCCGGCUGAGCAGGAGCAGGGUGAGGUGGAGCUUCAGGGUGAGGUGGAGCUUCAGGGUGAGGUGGAGCAGGGUGAGGUCAAGCAGGGUGACGUGGAGCAGGGUGACGUGGAGCAGGGUGAGGUGGAGCAGGGUGAGGCGGAGCCCCGGACAUGUUUUGGAUUUUUCGUUUGA